AUGGAUGAAAAACUGACACCUGAGUAAAUAGCUGACUUUAAAGAGGCUUUUUCGCUAUUCGAUCAUGAUGAGAACGGAAGUAUCUCAGCUGUAGAGUUAGGAGAGGUUUUGAAGGCCUUAGGUCAGAAUCCAACAAAGAACGAGCUAACUGAUAUGAUUAAUGAAGUCGAUGUUGAUGGAAACGGCACAGUUGAAUUCGCAGAGUUCGUCAUUCUUAUGACUAACAAGGUCAAGGAGAUUUCUAAAUAGGAUGAGAUUAAGGAGGCCUUUGAUGUCUUGGAUAAGGAAAAAGACGAAGUCAUCUCAGUUAAAGAACUGAAGUACUUCAUGCGCAAGGUAGCUCAUAUCAAGCUAUCUAAUGAAGAGGCUGAGGCUAUGAUUGAAUAUGCAACCAAAGAUAAGGAAAGAAAAGGCGUGACAUUCGGGGAUUUUCAAGCUAUAGUAGAGGAAAUGGGCUAGAUGAAUGGGUCGCAGCAGAACAAUAGCAAUCAUAAUAUCAAUAAAGAUGACAUCUAGGAGGAAAACGAGGAUGAUAAUGAUUGA